GUUGUUGUUUUCCUGCCGGAUCAGAUGUUUGUGUUGAACUGCGGUCUGCAGGUCUGUCCUGUGAUUAAAUGAGCUCUGAUGCUGCAACACUCAUGUGAAGGUUCCUGAACAUUUCACUGGAAGCUGCUCCUCAGACUUUCUGUCUCCCAGUCGGCACGAUGUUUUGGAUCCUUUGGGAUGCUCUGUUUUUGCUGGGCGGUCCUCUCUUUACGUUUGGAACUGGUCCUGGCAGUUCAACAAUAGUUAAAGCCAACAUUUCCAUCGAUUCAAACUCUCCCGCUGCUCCAAACUCAUCCAGCAGCAACUCUUUGAUGGCUGCUGGCAAAGAUGCUCUUACGACUGAUAUUCCUACAUAUAAAGGUUCGCUUGUUUCAUCUGAACCUCGGUGGACGCAUCAAACGAUUAUAGAUGCUACAGUUUCUGUCAAUGUCACAUCUGCUGAGGAAACCUACAAUUCAACAAGCAGCAGCAGAAUGUCCUCAACUAAAAGACCUGCUGCGGCCAACAACCAUCCAGUUAAAAAGUUUGUGGCGGCUGCUGUUCGCUCUCAUUUUGACGACUGUCCAGACUCCCACCAACACUUCUGCUUCCACGGCACGUGUCGCUUCCUGAUUCUGGAGGAGACGGCUGCGUGUGUGUGCCACCCAGGUUUCGUGGGGUUGAGGUGCGARCACGCAGACCUGCUCGCUGUGGUGGCCACCAACCACAGGCAGCAGGCUGUCGCUACCGUGCUGGUGCUGUGUGUGAUCGGCUGCGUUCUCAUCAUGGUGUUGUGUUCCUUCUUACAUUGCUGGUGGAGGCAGGACUGUCGGAGGCGGAGUCGUGCACAUCUYUAUGUGACGGAAAAGAACGCCGCAUCCUGCUAUCCACCGGAGAGUGUGGUUUGACGUGACAUUUCGUUUGAGCUCGAGCUUUUUGGCAUCACAUCACACAUUUCUCAUCUAUGUGGCCCAGCGACCCUCAGGAUUGAAUAAAAAAAAGACAGAACUCAAAGCAACGUGGCUUUGCUUCAACGUGACACAGUUGAGCUUCUUUAAUACAGGAGGUGAGAUGCUUUGUUACAUUUUUUUGUCCACAAACUGGGACRUUUUGGACAGCAGCGAACGAUGGAUGUGUGUACUUUUUGUUCUUUUGUGUUUUUGUGGAAAACURCUCAGAACUGCAACAAACAGUCUGAACCUCUGAAAGUGAAGAUGCUGACAAACCCUGCAGUGGAGGAACGCUGCGUGACUGUUUUUUUUUUUUUUGUUACUCGCUCCAAGGACAUGAGGAAUUCUCUGCAAGGCCAUUAAUCCUGACAAGAUGCUUUAAAAAAAUUCCACGAUUGAUUUGAUUUUUGACAACGAUCACUCAUUUACAUAUCCCAGAAGAUCACAAUUCCUAUUUUUGUCUUUUAUUACCUUUACACGUUUUUCUUCUUAGAACCCUGCGAGCACAGAGGACUUUUUUAUUACCUGACGGUGGGAAAAACCGAUGCUUUAAAAGUAUUUUAGUGUCUGUUUGUUUUAAACUAGAAUCUCACUUCACCUGAUAAAAGUAGAAAUUGUUGAUCUGCUCUGACUGCAUUUUGCAUUUCCUGGACUUUAAACAUCAUUUAUUCUUAYAUACAAAAACUUGGAACUGUUCUCCAUCACUGUGACUGAUUAUUUGUCAAUUUUUUAAACUUUUUUUUUAAAUUCCUGAACUGUACUUGAACAUGACUUUUUGAAUCAGAGGUCUUUGUUUUGGAUUUACAAGCUGUAACUUAUACAUGCACAUCUUGGGUGGCCACGUUUUUCUCUUGCUACUUCAUUUGUGCACAUUUUCUACAAAAAAACUAAAAACUAAAAAAAAAAACAAACAAACAAACAAACAAAAAAAGCAUACUUACUGCUUAAUUGUAUGAAUAUAUAUUUAAUAAAACCGUACACGCUGCACAAUGGUGUCACUUGGAAACAGAAUGCAUCCACGUGUGGAGAUGCCAGAUCCUAGGACUAACUCUGAUGCGUGCUCUUAAACUGCAGCUCGUAUUUUUAAAGCGACAACAGAAAUCUGAAGAAUUGUAGCGAGAACUUUUAAAGGAAACAAACCUCUGAUUGCUUAAAAAAAUGAUCUGGAGUGAAGGAAUUUAAAAUAUUUACUUAUGUAUGCUUUGUGAUUAAAAAAAUGUAUGGAUAUAAUCAAUUUGAUGGUAUUUGCAUGCCAAAUAACUGAGAAGAUAAAAGUUUACAGGAUCUGGUUUUUGCUUUGUUGACAUUAUUAUACUGAUGUAAACUUUUUGAACUGCUUGGAGUGUUUAAAAAAAUCCCCUGAAAAGACCUUAAUGUUCUUUAUGUUGUCGCAGCUGGAAAGCUGUUUGCUUUCCAAUGAAAGAUUAAAAAUGCAAAUGUU